AUGGAUCACUGGCCACAGGAAAGAGAUGAUCUCAAAAGAGUCAACCAGAUUCUUCCUAAAAUUUUAAAAGUCUUGACCUACAUCUUCAUGGUGCUUAUUAUCACCACCGGAGUGGUCUUUGCCAAAGGUGGUCUACAAGUUUUGACAAGUAUCCUAGGACAGCACAACAAAUUCCCUAAUAGAACUGUGAAUCAGGAUCUGAUAUCUUACUUACUUUUCUUCUCAACUAUUACCCCUGACCUCUUAAAUUGUCUAAAUGAAUUGUGGAAAGCUAUGCUAGGAAAUAGAAAAACGGCUACUUGGGAUAUUACAAUGAAGAUAAUAAUUAGAGAAUGCUUGCAUUCUUUUGGCUUGGCUGUUCUUAUUUUUCUGGUUCUUCCUUACAUGGAUCCUAUACAAGCAUGUGUUGUUAUCAACGCCACUACAUUCCUCCCAGGAUUUAUUCAUAUGGUCAUGUACUGCAGAGGAAAAGAAGAAGAAAAGGGAGAAAUAUGCAGAAAGAUUAAAAUUUCUCUGAAUAUUAUAAGCUCCGUGGUCCUACUUAUAUCACUUGUAAUACUUUUGGUUUCUGUUGGUACUUCAGAAAGAAAGAAUAUACAUGCACGGGAUCCAGACGUUGGGGAGCUUUUGGUAUGGACGAUUGUAUCUAUUCUUACAUUAUCUAGUCGAUGGAUCCCGCAACUGCGAAACAAAGAGGAUGAGAACGAAUCAAUAAACAGGGAGGAAAAUUAUGCAGUUAUUAAAUUCGUCUCGAGGUUUCUGAGGAUUUGCAUAACUGUUGCUUUAUUUUGGACAAUACUCUGCCCGGGAAUUCGGGAAAUCAAAGAUGUUUAUCGCAUGUUCAUGUCAACAUCAAAAAUGGAAGGCCUCAUUCCCGCCAACUGCACAAUGUCUCCCAACAGAACAGUCAUCUCAUCCCACCAAAAGUACAAAAACAUCUCAGCAUGUGUGGAUGAAGGCAUCCCUCUCUGGGAAGUCCUUGGUCCAUUUCUGGCACAUGUCAUCGGAGCAAUAUUGACAAUGCAUGUCGGAGUAUUAGCCUGUAGACUUCAGAUGCAGAGAAUAGGAUAUUCAGUCCCUCUUUCCAUAGCUUCUCCCAUCUAUGUUAUCUUAGUAGUUAUAUUGAAGAACGAGGAAAAAGAUUUCAUCUACCGAUAUUUUGAAUUUAUGAAUAACAGUACGAAUUGGAUACUGUUCUUUGUUUUUCUUGUGGCUUGUUUAAGUCAACUAAAUAUGGUUCAGCAUAUUUGGGAGGUCCAACACGGAGAAACUCUUUUUUCGGCGAACAAGUUGUUUGUCUUUCCAAAUUUCUGUGGUCCAUUGGUGGAUCUUUCACUGCUGCACAGUAGAAAAAUAAGACGGAAGAAAGAAUUAGAAAUUUAUGAUGACCCUGAGAGCACUAAAGUCUUCAUCUGUGCUACAAUGUGGCAUGAGAAUAGGACUGAAAUGAAACAGUUACUGUCUUCAAUCUUCAGGAUACGUGAUGUACAGCGGAACUAUGGAUUUGAAGCUCAUAUAAUGUUUGAUGAUGCCAUGGAGACUUCCAAAAUGGGGGCAAAUGGACUGGAUCUUAAAGAGAACGACUUUGUCAGACAGUUCAUGGAGGUUGUAGAAGAAGUGGGAAUUGAUUUCGAUGUGAACUUAGGAUCUCCUUCAAAGUACGCAACACCAUAUGGAGGUCGUGUGGAAUGGAAUCUGACGAAAGAAUGUAAACUCGUUGUUCAUCUAAAAUUCAAAGGAAAAAUAAGACACAAAAAGCGUUGGUCACAGAUCAUGUAUAUAUAUUACAUCGUUGGUUACAAGUUAAUCACUGAGUGUGCAGGAGGAGACAAAAUUGAGAAUCCGAAACCAACACAAUCCAUCUUUGAAAUUCUUCCAAUAAAUUUAAGAGAAAAGGCGGAGAACUGGUUUAUCCUUGCACUAGAUGGAGAUGUAGACUUUCAGCCAAGCACCUUGCAACUUCUAAUUGACCGGAUGAAAGUCAAUUUUAGAGUGGGAUCUGUUUGUGGACGUAUAAAACCAUGUGGUUCGGGGCCUGUUGUCUGGUAUCAGAAGUUUGAAUACGCUGUGGGCCAUUGGAUGCAGAAGUCUGCAGAACACGUGUUUGGGAGUGUCCUAUGUAGUCCCGGAUGUUUUAGCUUGUUCAGAGUGAAAACCUUGAUGGACGACAACAUCAUGCGUACUUAUGCAACACUACCAACAGAACCACGCCACUACAUUCAGUAUGACCAAGGCGAGGACCGCUGGCUGUCUACUCUAAUGCUGCAACAAGGAUAUAAAAUCGAAUACAGUGCAGCAGCAGAGGCGGCAACUUUUGCUCCAGAAGACUUUAAAGAGUUCUUUAAACAAAGAAGAAGGUGGAUUCCAUCCACAAUGGCAAAUUUAAUGGACCUCCUUUCCAGUUCCUCAAGAACAACUAAGAUGAAUCCGAAUAUAUCUUAUUUGUUUGUAACUUAUCAAGUUAUUUUAUUUUUAUCUUCACUAUUCGGACCCUCAACAGUUCUUUUGGCUCUUCAAUCGGCUCUCGGUACCGUCUUUGGAAUCCAAGCGUGGUUGACGUAUACAAUAAUAUUUUGCCCCGUAAUAAUUUUUGUAAUAGUCUGCUUGAAGUGUAAGGAUGACACACAAUUGAAUGUUGCGAUGGCUUUGAGCACGGCCUAUGCUCUUCUUAUGAUGGCUGUUUUAGCAGGGACGCUUGUGUCGAUAUUCAAAGACGGUUGGUUUACACCCACGGGAAUGUUUUUCUACAUUUUGACGGGGAUGUUCAUAAUUGCUGGAUUGUUGCACCCUGACGAGCUUGGAGACCUUCUAAAAGGCUUGCUUUACUUCAUAUGCAUUCCGGCAGGUUAUUUGUUUUUGAUUAUUUACGCAAUCUGCAAUCUAAACAACAUCUCUUGGGGAACAAGGGAAAAUACUACUGCUGUACUGAAACAUGCCGAUAGGCGGUCCAGAAGAAGAGAGACAGAAAAAGAAAUAUAUUUUGUGACAACAGAAAUGAUUGAAGGAAUGGUUGAGCAAGCAAGGAAAACUGUAUCAAAUUCAUCAAUUUCCAUAAUACAAUGGUUCAAAAAUCUUGUCUUACUGAAGUCUUUAGAAUCUGUUCAAGCUAUCAACGAAAAGACAAAGGAUGUACCUGAAGAACCUAUUGAGAGAACGGAUAACAUGUCUAAGGAUGUGCAUAAAUCAUCCUUUGAAGGUGUUCGUGGACCAAGUAUCUUUAAAAAGGGCUAUGACAGAAAUAGACGCGCCCCAGGAUCAAGCGCACAUCCCUCUUCCCAACUGACCCAGAUUGACGAAGUAUCGUGGACAAGUAACGAAACUGAGGAAAUUCGAACGAAGAAGCUUGAUCAGAGGGAAGAGCAGUUUUGGAAUACACUAAUUUCUACAUAUCUUCGUCCCAUAGAUGAUGAUCCAGAUAAAAAGAAGAAUGAUACAGAGAAAUUGUCAGAGUUCCGAUACAAAGCAGUCUUUGCCUUUUUAUUUCUGAAUGGUCUGUGGCUAGCUAUUAUGAUUUCCAUGAACGAAAUCAAGAACCUCAUAAAUGUAACGAUUCCACAGCCAUCAGGUCCGCCAAUAGUGAUUGAGCCUCUUGGUUUUCUCUUUUUGUUAAUAUUUUCUCUCAUGCUCUUGCUUCAGUUUUUUGGGAUGUUGCUUCAUAGAUAUGAGACAUUUUACCACAUUUUGUCCCGAACCAAAGUAGACUGCCCUUGUAAAAAACAUAGCGAGAAAGAUGGAAAAUGCGUUUGCUGUUGUUAA